CCCCGGUCCCGGAGCCCUCGCAGCCGGCGGGAGGAGCGGGGAUGCAGCCGGGCCAGGAUUUCCCAUUCCCGACCUCUGGCAGGCUGUCAGGAAGAGGAAGAUGCCCCGAGACACUGAGGCAGAGCAGGAGCUGAGCAUGGAGAGCAGGGAGGACAAAUCUCCAGGGCAGCAGAACCUCAUGGAAGAGGCCGUUUUGAGUGACUCCCUGGUGCAGGAAGCCAACGGGGUGGAAAAGCCGUGGAGAUGCCGCACGAGGAGGGGCUGCAAACGCAGCUGGCGGGGAUCUGAGGGGGAAAGAGCCAGCCUGGGCCAGGAAGGCAGCCUGGGAUUGAGCCAGAGCUCAGAGCUGGUGCUCCAUGAGCAGCUCCAUGAUGGGGAGAAGCUCCACACGUGUGUGGAAUGUGGGAUGAGCUUCAGGUGGCGGUCCAGCCUGAAUCGCCACAAGAGGACCCACAGUGGAGAGAGGCCCCACGUAUGUGGGGAAUGUGGAAAGAGCUUUAAACUCAGGUCCUACCUGAGCAUCCACCAGAUGAUCCACACUGGGGAACAGCCCUACGAGUGUGGGGAGUGUGGAAUGAGGUUCAGAUCCAGCUCUGACCGGAUCCGCCACCAAAUGAUUCACACUGGAGAACGGCCUUACAAGUGUGGGCAAUGUGGGAAGAGCUUCAUGACGAGCUUCAGUCUGAUCCAGCACCAGGUGAUCCACACUGGGGAACAAGCCUAUGUGUGUGGGGAAUGUGGGAAGAGGUUCAGUUGGAGCUCUGGCCUGAUCAGGCACCAGAGGAGCCACACUGGGGAACGGCCCUAUGAGUGUGAUCAAUGCAGGAAGAGGUUUCCGACCAGCUCCAAUCUCCUCCUGCACCAGCGCACGCACACAGAGGAGAGGCCCUUCCGCUGCCCCGACUGCGGGCAGGGCUUCAGGCAGAAUAUCAAUCUUGUCAGGCACCGACGCAUCCACACUGGGGAAAGACCCCACGAGUGUGAGGAUUGUGGAAAGAGCUUCAGCCGGAGCUCCCACCUGAUCCGGCACCAGAGGACCCACACUGGGGAACGGCCCCACGAGUGUGGGGAGUGUGGGAAGAGCUUCACCUUGCGCUCUAGCCUGAUCUGUCACCAGCGCAUACACACUGGGGAGCGGCCCUACAAGUGUGAGGAAUGUGGGAAGGGCUUCACCCAGCACUCUAACCUGAUCUACCACCAGCGCAGCCACACUGGGGAGAGGCCCUAUGAGUGUCCCAAGUGUGGGAAGAGCUUCUCACAGCGCUCUAACUUGACCCAACAUCAACGGAGGCACCGGUAAGGGAAGCCUUGUGAGUGCCCCGAGUGUGGAAAGAGCUUCGUGCGCUGCUCCACCUCCAUCCCCCACUGGAGGAGGCACUUUGGGCACAUCCGUGGUCACUCACAUUCCCUGUAAUCCAUGUUGGGAACUGUGGUAGAUAGGGACAGGCGAUCGGAAGAUCACGCGAUGUGACGGAAAGCGGCAGGACUCCUUUUCCCCUAAUCCCUUAAGAUAAGAGAUCACUCUAGGAAUGUAACCAGGAAUGUAGCCCCCCUAACAAUAGUAGUGCUGGUAGCUUUCCACUCCUUACUAACCAUAGAUGGUACUGCAGACCCCUCUGACGUAGAGAGACCCCUUAGACUAUAAAACCUCACGAGAUGAGACAAUAAAGGCUUUUGACCAUCUACCA